AUGAAGACUGAAAGUGGUAAUUCGAGUCAAAUUAACUCCGGAAUCGAGCAACGUUUGAGAAGUCCAAAGUGUGCUAGAUGUAGGAACCACGGUGUGAUUUCCGGAUUGAAGGGUCACAAAAGAUCGUGUGCGUGGAAGGAUUGUCGUUGUCCUUGCUGUUUGCUGGUGGUCGAGAGACAACGGGUGAUGGCAGCUCAAGUUGCACUCAGAAGACAACAGCAGGCUCAAGGAAAUUUCUUCGGCGAAAACGUCUCGACUGUUUGUCACACACCAAUUGAUACAGCUGGUUCGUCAUACUUACUAAAAACAGAUCAACCACCAAUUUGUCGAAGAGGGAAAAAUAUUCAGCGUCAUCAAUUACACUUUACGCAAACCAGCAUUAGUGUGACCCAGGGAUUCUAUGGAUUGAAGACGAUUCACGGUUUACCUGCAGCAUUUACCACGGAUGCUCCAUUGAAUGGUUUAUCACAAAAUCAAGAAUAUAAACAAGAAUCUGACGGUUCGAAAAAAAUACAGCCUUUCCCAAGUAUGUAUUCCACAAUUCCGUGGUUCGAACAGGUUGCGGAACCUCGUAAAAUGAAGAAAAAUUUUAAUAAUUUUAAGUCUACUGCAAAUAAUCAAAACGAUAUUUCUGCGGCUAAGAAUGGAUCUUGUUUGGAGAAGAAAUCGACGAUCUCUUUUAGUGUAGAAUCUAUCAUUGGAACAAAGUGAUGAAUGAUUAUUUUAUACGAAAUUGCAUUUCAUUGUAAAUAGGAAUUAUUUUUAUGAAUUGUUAAAUCUUAUUAACUUAUAAGUAAUAAUUGGGAUGUAUAUGAAAAGUUUUCAAAAAUUCAAGUUAUUUUCUUAUGAAAUGCAAUCCAUAAAGUAUAUAUCUAAA